AGCCAUUGGAGCUAUUCUAAAUCAACGCGUGGGGUGCACAUCCUCUCAGUGCGUCCACAAUCUCUCAGGUUCGCAAUGUUCCGAGUGUUGGUUUGGUCUCAACUCAGCUUCUUAGCGGCGGCUACAGCGAAGGAGCUGUUCGUCAUCAAGGAGAUUUGGUCCAAUUCUGACUGCACUGGCGAGAUCACAUUCCGCAGUGAGGCAGGAUUGGAAGGAGAUUGUAUCAGGGGUCCCCGUGCUACUGACUUGUUCAAGGUGCCUACUCUCACCAACAGCAGCUUUGUAGUCCAUUUGUGGACACAAAGUUGGAGCUGCAGCGGCGACUCGCAUUCAAACAAGCAAGUGAAUUCUGACGAGUGCAACAGUGGCGAGAAGUUUGUGGCGAUGGAUCUCGAGACAUAUACCAAGUACUCCUACAAAGCUUGGGACACAGAGUGUGUUGAGGAAGUUCAUGAGUACAAGAAGUAUGCAGAUGGGGAGUGUUUUACCGGGCUUGAUGAUGCACAAGGAAGCUCCAAGGUCGUAUGUGAGACAGAGAAUAUGUCUGUGGUGACAUAUACAUACACUGAGAAGAAUUGCACGGGCAACGUCUCAGUGGCAAGCUCCUAUGCAGAUCUUGCGUGCAUUUCUGAGACUGGUUCCUUCUCGCAGGUCAACAACGAUAAGUACACCUGCAGCAUCUGGACGACCACCAGUACAUCCAUGCCCAGCACGAGCACCUACACCAAGACAUUCACGACCUCAGGCACAACCACCCUGACAAGCGGCAACGACGAGACUGAGUCACAGGCCAGCUCGACCGCGACGACUCAGAUUUUGGUGCAGGUGACAGGUGUUGAUCACCCAGCCUCAUGGACCUCCAUGGCUAUGUCUGCAGAUGGUUCGAAGAUAGCGGUGGGGUCUUGGGCAGGGAAGGUUUGGCUGAGUUCAGACUUUGGAAAGUCCUGGACCAAGAAGACAGCGCCGGGUGAUGCGAUCGCCAUGUCUUCGGAUGGUUCUAAGAUCGUCGCCGGAGAAGAGCGUGGUAACCUUUACACGAGUUCAGAUGGUGGUGCUACAUGGACUGAAGACACAUCAGUGGGGGAAACCAAACGAUGGUCUGACAUAGCCAUGUCGUCAGAUGGCUCAAAGGUUGCCGCAAUAGCCCACAAAGACCACAUUUGGAUGAGCUCGAAUGGUGGCAGAACCUGGACGCAAGACGUGUCAGUGGGGGAGACCCAGUGGUGGCAGGAGAUUGUCAUGUCUUCAGAUGGCUCCAAGUUGGCGGCUGCUGUUUCGGACGGCGGCUAUUCAGGGUCCAUUUGGACAAGCUCAGAUGCUGGGGAAACCUGGGUGAAGGCGGAGUCAUCUUCGCGCAAGGACUGGCAGAGCAUCACCAUGUCUUCAGAUGGCUCCAAGUUGGCGGCUUGCGAGGGGGAUGGUAUCUAUGAGGGGAACCUUUGGGGCAGUGCUGAUGGAGGCUCUACAUGGCUCACAUUAAGUCUUCCUUGCAUCAGGCUGGUACGUGCGUCCUCCAACUUUACCACGCUCAUCACUGAUGCCAGUCUUGGAUCUCAGAACGGUAUUUUCGUGAUUGAUGUUGCUGGUGGCAACACAUGGAAAUUGUCGAACACGACUUCCCCGACGUGGACAUCACUGGCCAUGUCACCUGAUGCAUCAAGAGUGGUCGCAGGAACCUGGCAUGACGGAGGCCUCUGGAUCACACCACCCCCACUCAUUCCAGACUCAGGGACUACGGCGAGCGUCAACUUCGGAGGUGAUGGUGCGACUAGCGUGGCGAACAUGGAGGGCGUCAGGCUUGCUGUUGGGAUAAUUGUAUCACUUCUGGUCCUAGUUGCUAGUUAGUAUAGUCUCCUCAAGGCCUCAAGUUGUAUAGUUUGUUUCACCAGGAAUGAGCCUUCGAGCGCCGCCAGCCACCAGGUAGAUUGCAUGAACAUCUUCUUGUCCAGGUCUGGUG